AUGAAGUUCUCGCAUUCGCUUCAGUUCAAUGCUGUUCCCGAGUGGUCUUCCAAGUACAUCAACUACUCCGGCCUCAAGAAGCUGAUAUAUUCGCUCCAGCGUGAGUAUGCCGAGACGUUGAAUUUCACGGAUCCGGAAUCGCUGCCGUUCACUGCUGUGGACGAAGAGUCGAGUCCGAUCAAUGUUUUUAUUACCGCUCUCGACAAAGAGGCUGCCAAAAUCAACGGGUUCUUCCAGAUCAAGGAGAAAGAAGCUCUGGCCAGCUACGAGAACCUGAUCGACGAGGUGGAGGAGUUUGAGCGCGAGUUUCCGCAGCAGCUGGCCGACGUCGAGCAAAGACACCGGCUCAGACAGAUUCUGGACUCUCUUAGGCCCGGCAAAUUCACCGAUGAAACACCUGAGUCGGGGCCUGCUCCUGAUAUUGAGCCUGUACCUUCGCAGAAUGCGCUGGGCAGCGCGAGCAACGAAAAUGCCGUCGACAUGCGCCAGCCAGACAAAAAUGCAAACGAGCUGACCCACCGGAGGUCGCAGAUCCUGUUUGACGACGACGACUUCAACCUCAGCUUCUUGGAGGCUCUCAAGGUGGAAAAAAGAAAACCGCUGGCCGACAUGUUUGUUCUUCUGUCGGAACUGAAAAGCUACGUUGAGCUCAACAAGAUUGGGUUUGGCAAGGCACUGAAAAAGUUCGACAAGACGUUGCACACGAAAAUUAAGGACGAAUACAUGGAUAAGCUCGAAAAGAGCAACGAGUACCACGUUUUCAGGCCAGAGGCCAUGGACGAGCUCAACGUGCGUCUAGCGGGCAUCAUAAGACUGUACUCGGUGUUCACGCACGGCAACGAGGAGCAGGCCAAGGACGAGCUCAAGUCCAACCUGAGAGAGUACAUUGUCUGGGAAAGAAACACGGUCUGGCGGAACAUGAUUGGCAUGGAGCGGAAGACACAGGCGGCCAGGGUCCAGAAACCGAACAUGGUGGAUUCAGUCAUUGUUCCGGUGGAAAAGUUCGAUAUUUAUCUUGGUGCGGGACGCAAGAUCAGCAUUCCUACUCCAAUUCUGACCAGUAACGGUCUCAAGGCGUUGCUGAUCGCGAUGGUCACGAUCACGUUGUUGAUCUUCUCGCCGUUGCAGGACGAGCAGCAGAAAAACUGUUUUGCAGUCCUUGUGUGCGCGUCUCUGCUCUGGGCAACAGAGGCAAUUCCUCUCUUCACCACCUCUCUGCUGCUCCCAUUUCUGAUCGUGGUGCUGAGGACUCUGGUCGAUCCUGACUCUGGUGAGCCUUUGCGGGCUGUGGACGCGUCGAAAUUCAUCUGCUCUGCAAUGUGGUCGCCGAUCAUAAUGCUUCUGCUUGGCGGCUUCACGCUGGCUGCCGCUCUCUCCAAGUACAAUCUGGAUAAAAUAGCAUGCACUUUUAUUUUGUCCAAAGUGCCUCAAAGACCGGCCUACGUGCUGCUGUCGAUCAUGUGUGUGUCGACGGUUGUGUCGGCAUUUAUUUCCAACGUUGCUGCGCCAGUGCUCAUGCUCUCUGUUAUUCAGCCCGUGCUCAACACUCUGCCCGAAGGAUCGCAGUUUGCGGAGGCCCUCGUGAUCGGCAUCGCGCUGGCGUCCAACGUUGCCGGAAUGGCCAGUCCGAUCGCCAGUCCGCAGAACGUGGUUGCGUUGCAGAGCAUGGACCCGGCUCCCAAUUGGCUGCAAUGGUUUGCCGUCUCCGUUCCCGUGUGUGCCUGCGGUCUGCUUCUGAUAUUCAUCUACAUCAUGUUCAUGAUGGACUUCAGAGACGCCACUAUCGUUCCUAUCCGGUCGACAGAUGAGAAGUUCAACCACAAACACUUCUAUGUGCUCGCAGUGUCUCUUACCACGAUCAUUCUCUGGUGCGGAGCGUCAUUUUUCGAGCCAAUCGUGGGAGACAUGGGGAUGAUCGCAGUGGCCUCCAUGGUGGCCUUCUACGCUCCCGGAAUCCUGUCUCCAGACGACUUCAACAACUAUCCAUGGACUAUUGUCAUGCUGGCAAUGGGGGGCCUUGCUUUAGGCAAGGCUGUCACUGUUUCUGGACUACUGAGGACCAUUGCCGAGGCAAUACAGGCCAAACUCGAGGGCUCGGCCCUGUUCACUGUCCUGUGUCUCUUCGGCAUCAUCGUGCUUGUCAUGGCAACGUUUGUGUCACAUACGGUCGCUGCUCUCAUUAUCGUUCCACUAAUAGCCGAAAUUGGAAGAUCUCUCCCUGAUCCGCAUCCAAACCUGCUCAUCAUGGCCACCGCCCUGCUCUGCUCGUCCGCCAUGGGACUGCCCACGUCAGGCUUUCCCAACGUGACCGCCAUUGGUCUCAGAGACAGCGUCGGCAACCCGUACCUGACUGUGUCCACGUUUAUAAAAAUCGGGGUUCCAUCGUCGCUCUUCUGCUACGUCGUGGUUGUCUCGAUCGGGUACCUGGUGAUGAAGCUACUGGAUUUCUAA